AUGAAAAUAGGCUGCUGUCAGAAAGGUAUAUGCCAAGAAAGCGAGCGAGUACCACAUCUCGCUAAACUACAGGUCACUCAGUCGCCAUAUUUCGCUGAAGUCAUUUGGUCAUCACGUUUUGCCGAACCACAUCGCGUUCGGAUGAACCGUGAUUAUACAGACUGUGAGGCAAAAUGUGUUCGAGAUGCAUUCAUGGAGGAGGAAAGUGGGAGGGUAGGUGGAUGGAGCCGUGGCGUAGAUGAUGAUGUGGUGUGGUUGAGGGUGUGGCCUGUAAACGUGGGCACGUGGGCCUCGAGUGUUAUUCCUGACGCCCCUACUGGUGGUUUAUUUAAUAACGAACAUAUUCACUCUUUGGAAAGUUUUGUUAAUGAAGUUUCAUCGGAUUGGUGUUGUCAUUUGGUAGAUGACGGUGCGUUAGCAAUAUUUUUACCUUUUGACCAGCGCACAUGGAAUUUAUCGAAGGGUGCAUUUGUCUCGUUGCUAGAAUUUUGUGAAGACAAUUUGCCAGUUAGACGUAUUUUGCUAUGCCUAAACAAAAGCAGUGUUGAUGGAAUGGUCGUGUCCUGCUUCAAGUAUCUGGGCUUCAGUCCUCUUCAUCCUCAUUCAUAUCCAUCUUGCAUUGACCCUCAAGGAGUGUUUGCAAUGGUUUACAAUAUGUAG